CCCAGUCCAGGCUAGCGUUGUUCCUGGCCAAGCAAGCAUCCAUCAACGGCUCUUAGACAUACAUACGAGACAUCCUCAUCUCAUCCACAUCUGCAUCUACGAGCUUGUUUGUGCUCCAUACAUACCUUUCAUCCAAUGCUAGUAAUGUUCUUCCCCUACACAUAGCAUUUGUUAGUCGAUGCCCCCUCCAACUGCCAACCUGUCUUGUUCUCGCCGAUGCAUGAGGAUACCACGAGAUGGGCCAGUUAGGGGGCUUGUCGCCAGGUGGGAGCAUUGCGGUUGGAGUCCUCGUCGGCUUGAUAUCGACGAGUCUCCAAGCCAUUGGGCUGACCCUCCAGCGCAAGUCUCAUAUACUCGAGGAUGAAAAGAGCCCGUAUGAUUUGCGCCGGCCACCAUACAAACGGCGACGAUGGCAGUUGGGAAUGUUCAUGUUCGUCAUCUCCAACAUCGUCGGGAGCACGAUCCAGAUCACGACCCUACCUCUCCCCGUGCUAUCCACUCUACAAGCAUCCGGACUCGUUUUUAAUACGAUUUUCGCAGCCUUGGUCCUUGGGGAGCCGUUCACCCGUUACUCCAUCUUUGGCACGAUUCUUGUCUCAAUCGGGGCUGUUUUGAUCGGUAUAUUCGGCGCGAUCGGCGAGCCUGCGCAUACUCUAGACCAGCUGCUGGUUUUACUUGGUCGCCGCCCAUUUCUUCUAUGGAUGGCCGCGACAGCCGUGAUGGUAGUACUAACCCUCCUAGGCGCUCGCAUGCUGAAACUCAUCUCUACCCCUGGUAAAGCCCAAGAGUGGGUGAGAAAAUACCGCAUACACAUACCACAUUCGCCAUCCCUCCACAGCCACCACAGCCCACGUAUAAAAAUCCUUCGUGGGAUGAUGUAUGGAUCCGUCAGCGGCAUACUGUCCGCGCACUCACUACUGGUCGCAAAAUCAGCUGUCGAGCUGAUAGUGCGUACCAUAAUAGAUCGAGUGAACCAGUUCAAUCGCUGGCAGUCCUGGAUCAUCCUCCUGGGCCUGGUUGUGCUUGCCCUAACGCAGCUCUAUUACAUGCAUUCUGGCCUCAAGCUGUGCAGCACUAGCAUCCUCUACCCCUAUGUUUUUUGCAUAUACAAUGUUAUCGCGAUUCUAGACGGACUUAUAUAUUUCCACCAAGCCUCGCGCCUUCCGGGCCUCCAUGCGGGUCUUAUAGCGCUAGGAACUGUAAUACUCUUAUCUGGCGUUCUUUGUUUAUCCUGGAGAUUAGAACUCGUCACCUCCCACCCUGGUACCGUAGCAGUUGGACCUCCACCAACCACCUCCCUAACACCUGGGCUUGGACUCCUCGAGGAACAACCAACCCCACCAGAAUACACCUACUACCUCGAAGACGAAGAAACAGCCGUGGGAGAGCGCCAACCUCUCCUCCAAACACCAAAAUCACAACCAGAUAAACAUACAAAACAACAGCAGAAACACCCUUCACCAUCCCACCGUCAUACCCGUAGUCUAUCCCGUCUCUCUCCCAGUAUCCGCCGCAGCACCCAACCAAGCCUUGAAACAGCCGAAAUCUGGGCUGAACUCGACGACUGCGAAGAGAACCUUGAUAUUGAACCUCUCGCACUGCCCACCUCCCCGCUACUCCCAUACACCCCCGCUACCCUUACCACCCCGUGCAAACGCCACCGCAGCACGAGCGGCGUCUCCUACCCCUUUCACACCAGCAGAAGCAAACGCCACUCAUCCAGCCGCACCAACAGCGACGAGAACAAUAACACGUUAAACACCAACGACCCAUCCUCCCUUUCUCCAUCCCCCGCAAUGAACGCCCGCCAGCAGCAAGUCCGCAGAGUCCUCCGGUCGGCAUCGGGGACCUAUGACUCGCCAUCGCGCCGUCGACGAUUCAUGCGCCGUAGCCAUGUCACCAGCAGCAGCGACGGUGAACGACGGCGCGUGUCGUCGCCGCUUGUUGUCGAUUACAUGCGCGGAGCGGGGCAGAGGGAUGUUAGCAAUGCGACGGCUGCUCCUGUUGGCGGUGUCUAUGGCAGAGUCGAUGGUGCGGGCGGCCAGGGCGACGCGGGCGAGGAUCGGAGAGCUCAAGAUCGGUCGCAAUUCACGGGCCCAUUGCGCUGGCUGGGGCGGUGGGUGGGGUUCGGGAGAGGGAGGCCGGGAGGCCGGGAGAUGGCGGUGGAGGGUGAGCCGCCGCCCCAUGGAUAGAUAGAUAGAUACAUUGGAUUGAGUAUAUGAUAUGAUAGGUCAUGAUUUGGAAGACCUCGGGUGUAGAUGGAUGCGCGUUGAUUGCUUGCUUCCUCGAUUGUUUGCCUUGUUUGCUUCGUUUAUCCCGAGAUGCGUGUAACCUAUGUUAUGUUCGUGUUAUGUCUAUACGGCUUUCUGCAUCCGUGCAUAAUGGAUUUACGGGGGUGUUUGAUAGUUGGCCAUCAGGGCGAGUCAUGUCAGCUUAUCGUCGUAUAGUACUAUAUACAUAUAUGCCUGGUUUUUUUUGGGGGAGGGGUGCGGGGUGUUUUCCUUUUUACUCUGUCCCCUUUGUACUAACUUUCUACUUCCCUUCCCUCUGUUCAUUUCCUUCCAUUUCUUCCCUCAGCCAUUUCGAGAGGGGAUAAUUGUAUGUAUAGUACAUACAAGAAGGAGAGUAGAAGACAUUCAAAUCUACAUUUUGCAAUACAACCAAAAAUAAAGGAUACCAUCCAUAUACUCCAAGAAAAUAUAGCGACGAAGCCGACGGAAAGGAACAUGAGUAUGUCCAUUGUGUAUGUACUCUGUAUAGAUAAGAAGCCAUGGCUCAGCUUGAAGAAAAAAGGCCUCUUUGAAACUGCACCAGCUGCCCCUUUCCUCUCUUCUCUGCCUUCUCUAUUUCCGUGCCCCGAUAAACACAUAGAUUGUCGACUCACCGGUCGAUGAGAAGGCAGACCGGUCUAUUGACCGAAGCAUCAAUGACCAAGCCUCAUUCUACAUGGUUUAAAUCUCAUUAAAUCUCAUUAAGAAUUCAAAAACUACAUCGCAA